CCUAUGGACCGACAUAGUUACCGACUAAAAAAAACCUGCGAGCACUUAAUCUUUGACGACGACGACGACGACGAAUAAACGGAAGAAACAGAGAGAUGAAUAGUCCACCGGAGAACGAUCUUUGUUCGAUAUGUCAUUCCCACUUCACCGCUCCUUGUCAAGCCAAUUGUUCUCAUUGGUUCUGCGGAAAUUGCAUUAUGCAGGUUUGGAGGCAUGGAUCUACAUUACAGCCAUGUAAAUGCCCUUUGUGUCGUCGUCCUAUUAGUUUGUUGGUUCCUUCAGAGGACACAAUCAGAGACCGGAAUGACAGUACAGUUGCGGAUGUUCUUGGUAAUCUUGAAACGUAUAACCGACUCUUUGGCGGCCGUUCAACUAGUUUAGUUCAGAGGAUGCAAGACCUUCCCUUCUUACUACGGAGGUUGUUACGGGAAAUGAUGGAUCCACAAAGAACGCUUCCACUUGUCAUUAGGGCUCGGGUUUAUAUCGCAAUGAUUCUGAGUGCUAUUUACAUAAUCAGUCCAAUAGAUAUCAUUCCAGAAGGAGUUUUGGGGAUAGUCGGUUUGCUUGAUGAUCUACUCAUAGCACUGAUUGCUUUCCUCCAUGUUGCUGCUUUGUACCGCUCGGUUCUCUAUUUCCGUCAUGCCGGUUCAUGAAUCAGUGAAUGUCGUUGACAUUAUACAUCGCAAUUCAAGAACUACGAGAUGUGUGCUUACCUUUUCUUCUGUCUUUGAUGCUUUCCCUUUAGAAAUACACAAUUGUUCUGUUUGGCUAAGGAAAACUGAAAUAUAUGAUGAUAAUAUUAUCACAGCACAAAAAGCUUGGAAGUACAUAUCAAUCAUCUUUCUACCACAUCCUCUACGCUAGUCUUUUUGACCCUUCCACUCAAGUUUAUCAACUAUGGUUUGACCAUUUGACUCGAGAAACUCUGACAUGGGUCAUGGUGAUGGGAACAAAAACUUUAUGUCAGUCUCUGUUCUCUCAGCUACAAAUCAAAUAUUGAGUGGUCCUCUUCUAGAAAUCUUGAUAGGUUACCACAGUAACUGCUGAAAAGUCUUCACGGGUUUUUACGAUCUUCAUAUCCGUUUAUUGUAGAAUCCCAUAAUCUUUGUUGGCCAAAAGCCCAAAACUGAUGUUGUGUA